AUUUACUCCUGUAACAGGACCUGAUAGAGAUUUUCCUUCUGUUUAAUUUUUUUUUUUAUUUGUUUGUAUAUAAACUGUUAAUAAAAUGUUUUUAAAUUAUUUAUAUUUAAUUAAUUUAUUCUGUUAAAAUCUAUUUUAUAAUUAAGCUAUCUGUAAAUAAUUGUACAUAUAAGAAAUGAGUUCUAAGAGUCGUGUCUGGGUGAAACCGAUAGAUCAAAUGGAUGUGUGGUUGGACAGCGAAGGCUUCUAUAGGAAGCACACGGCACGUGAUGGUACUUGCCUAUUCAGGGCUGUGUCGGAACAGUUAUUUUUGACACAAACUUUCCACUUUGAACUAAGGAGACAAAUAGUUGAUUAUAUGGUGAGGCAUGAAGAUCAUUUUCAAAAGUUAAUAACAUGCCCGCUAAUGGAAUAUGCUGAAAAAAUGUAUAAUCCUCGAGAAUGGGGAGGCAAAGUUGAAAUUGAGGCUAUGUCACUCAUGUACAGGAAAGAUUUUAUUAUGUUUCAAGAAAUUGAGAUGCCUCCAGAGAACGUUACCAAUUACGAUUUUAAAGAUAAAAUAAUGUUGUGUUACUCUCAAGACAGACAUUACGAUUCAGUUUACACAAAAGAUUAUAUCACAACAGCAGCCUUCUGUCAAUCAACAGUUUACGAAAUGCUUUACAAGAAUGUAUUCGAACUGAAAGAAGUAGAUUAUGCUGUAAAUAAAAUGCUUCAUGAUAAAACUUCAAGAGAUCAGAGAGAGCAAAUUCCCUUCCUCAGCACAGGAUUUACCUUAAGACUUGAAAUGAGAGACAGUUACUUAAAUGUCAAGGAUUUACUUGAUUUUGGGAUCACACCUUUUCCCUACAAGGUGGCUAAAUCUUUAGACAUGGAAAUUUAUAGGAAUGUAGAAUAUGAUACUUGGAACGAAUAUAGAAAAGGUUUAAGGUACGGUUUUUGCCCAUGGAAUUGUCAAGAACUUCAAGUAGGAGCAAAAUGUCUUGUGAAAGUUGAUGAUCGGACUUACCACGGUCACGUCCAAGAAAUGCAACCAAAUAAAGGUCCGGUAAUAGUGUUCAUCGAAGAAUUAGGAGAAAUGCGAAGUGCUCCUUUUGAUAGCUUGGAGCUUCUUCCACCUACAUCGCCUUCAUCUUCUACACCAACGAAACCAUCACUUCCAAUGAAAUUGCAUCCGUUACAGCUGGUAGAUUUAAAACCAGGAAAAAAAGUUAUGAAGAACUUGGUCGGGAGACUUAAAACAGCUAGAGAAAUAGAGUGUUAUACACAAAGACAAGAGAAACAACUAAGAAAUACUAGAGAGGUGAAGAGUCCACAGACUCCAGUUGUGUCAAGUUCAGAUUUUUGUAAACAAGAAAUUGAUUUUCAUAAUGAAGAUGAAGACUAUAGUCCAACAAAUUAUCAGACAAUAACGGAGUCAGAAGAACAAGUAUGUCCGGAUAGCACAAAGCCAGAUCACCAUGUGCCUGUUAUGACUCCCAUAGAUACUUAUAGGUAUCCAGUUUAUUCAACACCAUUAUCAUUACCGAUUGCUGAACCAGCAACUACCUAUCAGCAACCACUGACAGUAAACCUGAUGGCCCCGAAAUCCAUGAAUGUUGAUGGUUCUGAUCUGCCACAUUCAGAUAUGGCAACACUAAGAUUCUUCUACAAUUUAGGACUAGAUCACCUUCGAAUGAACUACGUUGUACGGCCAGGCCCGACGUAUUAUGUAAACCCUGGUGUCAUGCAGCCUAGCUACAUCACUAUAGACAGCCCGACGGUCCCUACCUAUGAACACUUUCCUCCUGCUCCUAUACCAGAGCCUAAAGGGAGAGAAGUAACAGCAUCUCCAGGUUUAGUAUCGACUACUACAGAUGAUAGUAGCCAAUCGGUGCCGCCACGUUUUAAGAAUAAGAUGAAGCCAUCUCUGAUUACUUGCCCAAAGAAGAGUAAUACAUACGAGGGAAGUCCACUUAUUCAACAGUGCGAGGUCUCCAGCACUAACAAUUAUACACCUCAACUACAACCUCAACCGCAGCCUCAACCACAACCUCCGCCAACACCAGUCAAUCAAACUUUCUUUCAAGUACCUGAGUGUGACCAGUACUGUGUAACAGUACCGUAUGUCGACUAUAAUUGUUAUGACUACCCGAUAUAUCCUAGUUCUCCACACGGAAUCAUUCCUUCUUCAUAUAUAACACCUGAAGGUGUUAUUUACCAAACCAUGAUUCCACCUGCGGUAAUACCUGCAGCACCACCCAUGUAGUUUUUUGUGUUGCGGUAAUACCUACAGCACCACCCAUGUAGUUUUUUGUGU